ACGGCCAUUAGGAACUGGACGUAGAUACCUAAAAAUUUACAUCCUUGAAAUGUUCGUACAUCAUUGCACAACUCUUAAGACUAUUAUUCUAAUAUAAGUGAAUUAGAUUCCGUGGAAAUGUGUCCUCUCGGUUUCAUGAAGGAUAUGGGAAGUCCCCAAACACUGGUCUGUGUGAAACAAGUGAAGCAGGAGGUAUCAGAAGAUUGGGAUGAGAGCAUGCCUCUGCCAGGAGACAUCAUUGAAGGUUUUUCUGAAGAUGAUGCUGACGAGUUGUUUGUCCCAACCAAGCUCAAGUCGGAUCUCAGCUCACAGCUUGGUAAGGUUCACCAACAGUUGGAGGUCAUAUGGGUGAAGGUGAGAAGGGGUGAUACCACAAUAAAGCUACAGGCACGCAUUGUCCAAGAGAAGUCUUCAAUGCUCCAUAAAAAGUUUACUAUUAGAGCGGCUACAGAUGACAGACAUGUUGCAGUUUUAGGUGACUUAACCUUAGAACAAUGCGCUGAAUUGCAGGAAAUGAGCAGGAGGGUUGUGAAUGUGGACUACAGGGGAUUCAACAAAAUGGGAGUAAAGUAUGACUGGAGGAUGAAAGUGGGAACAUACCUGCCAGACCAACAUUUUUCAGUUGUCAGCUUAAUAUUGUUCAUGCCACUACAAUGCGAGUACUGCAUUGAGAGCACUACAACCAGGUGCAUGGCCUGGUUUUCAGCAGCAGUUUCUUCAGGGGCUCCUCUAGUCUUUGUUAAUAUCCAAACAGAACAGAAUGUAAUCUAAGUAUAUAGUUCUCUCUAUAUGUCUUCAAAGGUUUGAUUAGUUGUUUAUUUUUCUCGUAUUAGAAUGGGAGACCAAGAAACCCCCAAUGUUACAGUUUAUAAGGAAAAUGAGGUACUGGAAAUCCAAUCUUUUUUGUCAUUGUGCUUUACAAGUCCUGAAAGUGUAGUUUGAUGAACCAUUUGACACAAAGGAAUCUGUUUCUAUUUGGUACUUGUAAGGCUAAAACUACUGAUCUCAAAGAUAGCACUCUCCAAGUUUUCAACUCCAGUGUCAUAACCACCUGCUCAUCGGGUGCAGCCUAGUGUGCUGUUUCUCAAGGUUUUCUAGCUGCUUAAAAGCUGCUGAACCCCCAAAAAUAACCAUGAUGAUAAGAAUUUUGGAGUGUGUUUCAUGUAACUUUCCUUGCAUAUUUCAUUGAAUGUUGACAUAUCAUAUACCACCAGAAAAAAUUUGAGGGCCAAUGUGUUUCUAUAAUUGAUCAAUAAUAGAUGAUUCUCUUCUGUAACUUAUGUAACGGACUGCAUAUCUAGUAAGUAAUAACCAAUCACAUUUCAAUUUGUUGUCUAAAUAUUUUUUUCCUUGAAGGAGAAAACUAAUUCCAUAGGAAGAGAAAUAGUUUGGGGAAGGCAACAAAACACUACUACAGUGCAAAUAGUGCAGGGCAUAAGACUAUGGUUUCUACCUGGAGUUGCAGAAGUUUCACUUGAAUUGAUUCCUCAACCAGGAGAAGUGCGGUUCGGAAUGGACAUUAAACGAACAGAUGAGGGCUUUAUCUGUGUCUACUCAGUUACAGAAGGUUCAGCUGCUGACCACGCGGGGCUUGGGAACCAAUUGCAUUUGGAUACCUUCUUGUGAUCUCUCGACUAGAAGGCAAGAGUGUGAUGCCUUCCAAAGCGAGCUGUGAUGGCUUAUACAUUGUUGUGAUCACAAUGAAAUUAGGGACACCCUCAUUUCAGCAAUCGACCAAAUGGAUACAAUUCAGCUUUGCAUAAUGGCCUGGCCUAAUCAAACACGUCCUUUUAAUACUAAUAUUCAACCAAUAAGUGCUUCAUCACUCCGUCCUCCAACAGGUACAGGGUGCAUCUUCUU